AUGUCUAGUGGUAAUUCUUCUAACAAAGAAGAUAAUACUGUUCCUUCUUUACAUUUUGACAUAAAACACAAAAAACAAAAAAUAUCUAAUACACACAUGUCAAGCUUAAAAUUGUCUCAAUCUAAAGAAUUUGUCUCUGAUAAAUGUAAUAACCUAAUUAAUAGCGAUGAUGAUCUUACUCAACCUUACCAGAAAAACCAAAUAAUGCAUUAA